AGGAUUUUUGCGUGAAUUUCGUUCAAUUUUCGGCGUUAGUGUUGCCACCAUGGCCAGUGAGUCGCGUGUGAAACCAGUGGUAGUGAUUCUCGGCUCAACCGGGACUGGAAAAACGAAACUUUCCAUCGAACUGGCCCGCCGCUUCCAGGGCGAAAUCAUCAGUGCUGAUUCGAUGCAAGUGUACCGUGGUUUGGACAUAGUGACAGCCAAGGCGACACAAGAAGAGCAAUCUCAAGCACCGCAUCAUCUGCUGGACGUGGCCACACCGGAUCAGGCCUUUACGGUGAUCCACUUUCGGGACCAGGCGCUGCCCAUUAUCGAACGUCUGCUAAAUGAAAAUCGGCUUCCGGUGGUGGUCGGUGGCACCAACUACUACAUCGAGAGCCUCCUGUGGCAGGUGCUGAUUAGCUCCGGGGUACGGGAGGAGCGCGGGCGCCGCCGGCGGCUCGUAAAUCAUCCAGACCCUAAGAGGGCAAAAUUAGCGACCAAUAAAGUCGAAGCCGAUGGCAGCGACGAUGGUUCCCACCGGCAACGGCAAGAUGGUUCGGCAGGGCCAUCCCGCUUAUCCCGCAGCGUUGAUGAGGAUGACGUUGAUGAUAAAGCAACGCGCGAAACAGCGGAUGUGAACGAAAACGAAAGUGGCACAGCGGCGGCGGUGGCGAGCGAUGAAAGGGAAACGACGACGCGGGAAAAAGUGCGUGCGAUGGACAAAAGUGAAGAUGAUUCUGAUGCCGGUGGAGCCGGUGAAGUGGCUGCCGUUGCCGCUGCCGUCGCCGGCCAGGCUACCGAAGUAGAGAAGUUCGAAGAAAGCGAAGAAGAAUUUGCCAGCGCAGCUGCGUCGGCUGACGUAGAUAAAGUGUUGCUAAUGACGACCGAGCAAAUGGAACAGCUGGAAUCGGUGUGGCUACAUCGCGUGUUGCGGCAAGUCGAUCCGACUACGGCGGAUCGGCUGCAUCCGAACAACAAGCGAAGGAUUGUCAGGGCCCUCGAAGUGUACCAGCACGACAAAAAGCCGCUGAGUUGUCUACUAGACAAGCAACGCAAUCAGGAAGGUGGCUCCAAUCUGGGUGGUCCCUUGCGAUACCGCAAUGUGGUGAUAUUUUGGUUACGCUGCGAACAGGAAACACUCAAUGCUCGUUUGGAUGCCCGAGUGGACUCAAUGGUUGCGCAAGGCUUGCUUGAGGAGAUUCGCCGAUUCUACGAAAACUACGUGGAGCCUUUCGAGGACAAUGAUUUCCACCGAGGAAUUCUGCAGAGCAUCGGUUUCAAGGAGUUUGCUGCCUAUCUGAGCCAAUACGAUCGGGAACAGGACCGGCUCAUCACGGAGUUUAUGCAACAAAAGGAGAACCUCCAACAGCGGCUAGAUCCACCCGAAGGUUUGGAUCUACUGCAAAAAUGCCUGGACAACUUGAAGUUGGUGACGCAACGCUAUUCCAAAAGGCAAAUUAAAUGGAUAAAUAAUCGAUUUUUGUCGAAUUCGCAGAGAGAGGUCCCGCCGAUUUACGCGUUAGAUACGACCGACGUAACGCGCUGGGACGAGCUCGUAUUCGGCCCAGCACAGGAGAUUAUCGAGGCCACGUUGGCCGGCACAAGUCCUAGCAGGCAGCAACCCCUCCCGAAACUGGCAAACCCCAAGGAAGGCCUGAACGAGGAAACCUCAUUCCACUGUGUCAUCUGUCAACGUACCAUCGUUGGCGAGUACCAGUGGCGACUUCAUAUGCGCUCGAACAGACACAAAAAAAGCCUCCAGGGUCAGCACCGGAGGGCGGCCCGAACGGAUCCAUCGUUGAGCUGAGUUUAAAACGGGCUCACGGUAAGUGGGUCCGAACUUUGGCACUUUUUUUAACCGACGGUUGUUUUUGCGUAAUUAC